AUGGGUGACUAUUGGUUAAAUGAACAUGAUAAUAUUGUAAAACUUAUAAAUUCAUUAACAGCAGAUAUAAAAGAAUAUUCAAUUCAACAAAGAAAUAAUCCUGGUAUCGUUCAAAAGAAUACACCAGCUAAACUUAGAAAUGGUUUAGUUCAUAUUACAAAUGAAAUUUUAAGAUUACAAGAUAGUUUAACAUAUGGUAAUAAUAGAAAUAUACAGGAAAAAGAAUUACUAAGAAGAAAGAAUAAAGUCGAAAGUUUAAUAUCAAUGAAAAAUCAAUUAAAUUCAACAUUAGAUGCUGCAAUAAAUAAUACAUCACAAAAGAAUGAAUUAAUGGGUAAUAAUAAUGGUGUAGGUAUUGGAUAUAGUAAUAGACAAUUUGGUAAACCAAAAGAAACAGAGGCAACUAAACAAUUUGAUAAUCAACAAUUAUUUACAAAUCAACAACAUAUUAUGAGAGAACAAGAUGAAUCAUUAGAUUUAUUAUCACAAUCUAUUAUGAGACAAAAGAAUAUGGCCCAUGCAAUGAGUAAUGAAUUGGAUCAACAUAAUGAAAUGUUGGAUGAUGUUGAAAUUGGAACUGAUGCCGUUUCAAUGAGAUUAAGAAAUGCAAAUCGUAGAAUGGAAACAAUAAAACAAAAUGCUGGUAGUACUUGUAUGAUUGUUUGCAUUGUAAUUUUAAUUAUAUUAAUAGUUGUUUUAAUUGCAACUGAUUCUGGUUGUAAAAUUUAUAAUGAUCCAAAGCAUUGUCCUUAA